AUGUCUGAGCAUGCCCAUCGAGCUCGGUCCCGAGUGGCCAAGCCGAAGCAAAAUAAGCGUAAGCAGUCUGAAGACCUGCAACAGCCGUCGUCAGAAAAUACCUGUAUUAUUUGUGCAGAGGCGAUCUUGUACUCGGCGGUUUCACCAUGCAACAAUGUCACCUGCCAUUUCUGCUGUUUCAGACAGAGGGCCCUUUACAAGAGGAACACAUGCUUGGUGUGUAGAACAGAGCACCCUGAGGUCGUGUUUACGGACGAGCAAUUGCAGCCAGAGGCAAAGUAUACGCAUUUUGAAGAAGUGAGUCAAGAUUUGAGCGAUGACAAGUAUGGAAUCCGGUUCACGUCACAAAAGGCCAAAGACGCUACCCUUCAGCUUCUUGAGCAGCGGUGUGCUAUAUGUAAGGAGACGUCGCCCACGUUCAAUAAGCUCUCCGAUCAUACGAAGAACGUUCACCAUAAAGAGUUCUGUCGCAUCUGUGCCAACCAUAGAAAAGCGUUUGUCAGCGAGCUCAAGCUCUAUACGAGAAAGCAGCUAAAUCAUCAUAUUAAUGAGGGGGACACUGAAGGCUUUAAGGGCCAUCCAAAGUGCAAGUUUUGCAAAAACCAAUAUUUCUACUCGGAAGACGAGUUGAAUGUUCACAUAAGAGAUCGCCACGAGAGAUGCUACAUAUGCGACCAGGACUUGCCCCAGCAUAUGGCGUACUACCGUGACUAUGACCACCUCUAUGAGCAUUUCAGAAACUCCCACUACGUGUGCUCUGUGCCCUCGUGUGUGGAAAAACGGUUUGUGGUAUUCAGGGAAGAUUUGGACUUGACGGCGCACAUGUUGAAGGAACACGGUGGACUCACGGGUCACAACGGUCGUGUAGUCAUUGGAGCAUCAAGCUACCGCUCCGAGCUUUCCACAGUUCCGCAGAAUCAUCGUCCAGCGUCCAGGCCACCCCACCAGGACUCUUUGGAUACGAAGAGACAGCGCUUGGAAGAAAGAGCAAAGCAUUACCUUCAUAAUAAUGAGGAGGAUUUGGCAAAGUUUGAAGAAAUCAACAGGGCCUACAGGGCCAAGCGCAUCGACGCCCAGCGGCUCAUCAGCGAGUACGAGUCCUUGUUCAAAGUGCCCGAGCUGGACCUUUCUCUUUUGGUGUACGAGUUGGCCGAGUUGUUCCCACAGCAUUCGGAACAGAAACAACAGCUUCACUCAGUCUACAUUUCCAAAUACCCACAAUCUCAAUCACCCUCAAACGCCGCAUCUCCUAGCCUAAAUGAAAGCUUUCCUGUUCUCGGCAACGGCUCUCUGAGUUCAUUAUCGCUUCUGUCGUGGGCGCCGAAUAACAACCCCAAAAAAACCCAAGCAAAACUAUUUCCUAGAUUACCUAAACCCCAAAAACCUGCUGUUAAAGUCCCAACUAAUCAGCCGAUUCGUUACACUACGGUGAAGAAGCCACAGCCUAAACCAACUGUCACUAUCAACAAUUUCCAAGGUAAUACAAGCUUCAGGCCAACUUAUUUAGAAAGCCCCAAGCCUUCUUCAUCCUCAUCGUUGCCUUCGUUGAGCGGAUCAAAUGGCAGCAGUUUAGCCAGUCUGAGAACACAGUCACCUAAAGUGCAGAGCCCACAGCUCUCAGAUCAAAAGUUUCCUGCUUUGACAAAGAAGACUUCGAAGAAAGAGAUUCCUAGAGUGAACAAUAUCAGCAACGGGACUGGGUCAUGGGGCUCAGGUUUCACCGUCACUAGCUCAAAGCCUACCGAAGAUUUUGGUAUUCCUAUUAUAGACAAGAAGGCAGAGAAACUUAAACGUAAGCAGGAGAGAGCUGCUCUUAAGAAGUGA